AGAAGGAAACGUAUCUUUAAGGCGGGAAAAGAAUCGGCUGGGAAAAUGGCGGGUUGGUCAUACCCAGAUUUGUCCCUUGAAGAUUUGCUGAAAGCGGUGAAAGGGUUCAUAGAAAUGGUGAAUCUUGCUUCUGGGUAUCAAUCAUCUGGUCGUAUUGCUCACUGGGAUUCCCUUAACAUCAACAAAGCGCUUCAAUGGGCUCUCUUUCUCCAGGAUGUGAUGAGGGACCUGAGUAGCUCAGAUGACUACAGAGACUCUUUGGAGGAGCUUGAUGCAGCUUUAUGUGAAAUGGCCUCUAAUCCGAGUUUCCCCCAGGGUCUAGUACAUAUUUCCUCGAAGAUCCUUAGUAAAGCGACUGAUUUCAUGUUAGAACAUCUCAUCAGUGCCUUCCCGCUGAGGGAUGGACACCUCAAAGCUUUACUGAUUGCAAAUGUUGAGAUGGAUUAUCAGAUGCACCAAAAGGCAGAUGGUAGAUCCCUCAAUGGAUAUUUUGAAACUUUGAUGUGUAAUACAUCUAGGAAUCCUGUUACUAAUGAGAGAAAUUUUCUAAUGGAAGAAUCCAUAAACUCGUCGCCAAAUUCUUCUCCAAGUGGACAAUUUGAGGAGUCAAUCAGCUGUGCGUUUUCUCUCUUCACUGCACAAGCUCUUGAAAGGAGGCAACUAACAGUUUCAUUGAUAGCUUCAGCAGAGACAGGCUUGGAUGUUUUGUCUAGUGGCUUAAAAGAUCUAUAUGAGAGGGAGGACGACAAUGCCUUGGAUGUAAAAGUGAAGCAUACAACAAAUUUCAUGACUGAAGAAAGACCAAUUGGUUCUGUCGUCUGGAAUUCAUGGAAAUCGAGGAACCUCUCAUAUUUGCUUGACAAGAGAACUAUAAGACUGGUCUCAGGUGCCAGCCUGCUAUUUUCUGCCCCAAAGAGCCAAUGGAUUCAAGUGUUUCAGCGGAUAAAUCUAUCAUCUCAAACUGAGGAUAGUUUGUGCGAAAUAGUUGAGCUCUUGUUACUAGGAUGUGUAGGGGACAGAUGGAGUUCUCUAAUUGAUCGUUUGAUGUUGAGCUCUUAUGAGUUCGUCAACAAUUCGAGGCUAUACAAUGAGGUGCAUAACUUGGUACUGAGAGGUUGUAGAAACAUUUGUUGUAGAGAGGACAUCGAGAACUCAAAGGGAAAAGGAAUUAUAGAGUACCUUGAAGUUUUCUUACACAAUCGGUUAUAUCUCUUGGGGGAACUAUCUCCAGUCCUAGCAGCAUUUGCAAUUCCUUCCUGGUCAAAUUUGUUCAGAAAAUAUCUGACGGAGCUUGAUGCUCAAGUUAUAGGAGAUUUUUCAUUGACUAGAUCCUAUGGUAGUACUAAGGAAAAGAAGGAGCAUAGAGAAUUUGAUGUGGCCGAGAGAAUUUGGUGCCUUCAUGUUUGUCAUGUUGGUGGUUCUGAUAGAGAAUCUGGUUCAUUUAGCACUUGACAAUAUAUUUCUCUUGAAGGAGUAAUUGGAAAGCAGGUGAAGGUCGAAAAUCUUGAUGAUGGGAAGUUCGAAGAAGCUCCAUAUGUUGAAGUGUCAAGGAUGGAGAGUUGCACACUGCAGCUCUGCUGUUACACCGGUUAGUGUUGAAAGAAGAGCACCAGUUAAUUGUUUUCAAGGACUUUAUAUUGCUAGGCAGUUAUAUUGGAGGUUAAAGUCACAGUGGAGGCAACUUUUGUCAUGGCGGAGAAACUCAGUCCGCUUUAGCUAUGAUCCUUACAGCUACUCUCAGAAUUUUGAUGAUGGUUGCUCUAAGGAACACCGAUCACCUUCAGCUCCUCAGUAAUUUUCAUCUUUUUCUUAGAGCAUUAUAAUCAACAAGUAACGACAGGGUUCCGGCUUCAGUUGCCUGUUGAAGCAUGAAGAAUGGCAGAUUGCUCCUCUAAAUAUCAGGACUUCAAUUUGGCAAGUUAGGUAGAGAAUUUGGUGAUCUUUCCAUUGCAUAAAGCUUUACAUACAACAUACUUUUCUCAAUUAUUCACUUGAUACUACUAUUAUUUACAGGUUUCUCUGUACUUUGGUAUUAUUGAUUCUGUAGUUAGAUCUGAAAGUAUAUGUAAAAGUUUAAGAGUGGAGACUUUCGCAUUCACAGCUUAAUACUGAAUUAGAGCUAGUUGAACUAUGUCAAAAGAAUAUUUUCUGGCUGAAGUAGUUUGACAAUGCAAAUUAACCUCCAUUUCUUCCUUU